CGGCCGACACGGCUGCAGCGAAUUCGCGAUUGGGGGUUGCGCGCGCAAGUUGAAGCGUGAUUCGAAGUAGCGUGCGUAACCGGCAGAUCUCUUCUGCAGGAGCGCAAUCAAGACUUGAUGUGUCGAAUAGACUUUCUACGCGUCAACGACCACCAUCAAUGGAUGUCACAUGCAUCAUAUUUGACAAUAAAUAUGAAAAGGAAACACACGUAGUUAUCCUUCUUUGAAGAAGAAGGAUAACGAGAGGGGGAGGAUGGCGUCGAAAAGAACAAGAAAGAACCAUUCCAUACAGCAUCUCCUCGAACUCCCAUCAAGCAGAGAAACGAGAGUCCCGCCUUUUCCUUUUUCAAAAGAGUCUGCACAACUUCCGUCAGUUCCAGGUCCACGGCAAGUUCCGGUGACCGUAUUGCAUCCCACACCAAAAAAGCUUUACUUGAGCAAAACGCGUCAAAUUAUUCACUCGGAAAGUUUGGAGUCAUCUUUAUCAAGAGGUGUGGGUCUCAACGCACGCAGACAAGAGUCGUCCCACACGGGACGGGAUUGUCCCCGUCAAACAAUGAACAAGACGGAUGACCGAGGAAGAUCACCCGGAAGUUCGCGACGACCUACUCCUGUCGCAAUUACUACCUCGCCACCAAGUCCUGAGGAACCCGUUACGCUGGUGGAACUCACCAGCGUACCGGGUGGGCAGAAUGCAAUGGCACAUCUCAAAAAACGAAAAUUGGAAGCAGAGUCAGCCACGGCGAAAACGAAAUUACAACAACUUUCGACAGUGAACAGCAAGAAACUCGGUGUUCAAACGGGCAUUCCACAAGAAAUGGAGACGGCCGAUGGGGCGGCAAAACGAAGAAGAAAAAGUGUUCGGGAUGAUGAUUUGCGAAAACCGGUUGACAGCGAGUCAAAUAAGAAUAUUCCCCUGCCCCAAAGAAAGAGAGUAUUUACGUCAGGAAAUUCGGGUAGUCCUGCCAGAAAGUCAAGUAAAAACUGCGAAGAACCGGAAGACGACGAGACGCUGAUAAGAGAAACGGAAGCGGCGUUGAAAAGCCUUUCCGGAAGUUGGCCUGGUCCCAGAGGCUCUUUGUAUCAGAGAGGAAACUCGGACGAGGAUAGGUACGAGUCUAAUUUUGAGAAUCUAUUCGAGGAGAAGAAGGACAAUCCAAAACUCUCACCCUCUUCAAUGUCCACUUCUUCGACGACAAGCAACGAGACUGGUUAUUCGCUGAAGGACGUUAUUUCGUUGCGCUGUCAAGAUCGGACCAUCAGAACUCAGCAACAAAUCAAACAAUUCGAGCCAACAAAACAAUAUUCAAGUAAAACUAAAAAAGAUUUAGACAAUAGUAUGAAAUUUGAAAGUGAUUCGACCAUCCACUGCGGUCAAAAUCAAAACGAAAUACUCAAAUCGAGAUCAACCAACGGCAGAUUACUUAAAUGCGACAAAGGAACUGACAAAUACUCCAGGUAUGAACCGCCUGACUUUAAUGAAUUAGUUGACGAGUCAUCAAACGAACUGGAAAUUGACAUGUCUGACCCAGCGGUGGACAAAGAAGAUGGAGAUAGAGACAAAUCUUCCGAGAGGGAAGAUCGGAUUUGUAAAAAUGGCCCAUCACCCAAUUCAUUGAAACACCACCAACUGCAAAUGUACAACUAUCAAAGGCAAUACACUGACGGUGGCAUCAAAGUCGCUUCCUCAGUGACAUCAACAGCCUCUCCUGCACCAACAGUUGGCUCUCCCUUCUCAGCCACAUCCGCUUUCAAACCUCCAAACACUGACCACUCGAAAUCCAACUGUCGGGGAACAUCAACGAUAGGAGCAACAACAAUUCCGCCCAUGGGACCAUACCCAGCCUCCGCCACCUUUGUUGGUUAUCCAUCGCCUGGACCCGUUAUGCCUACACCCCACCCAAUCACAGCCAUUUCACCAUCAGCUGAAGAAAAGCAUACGGCAUCCCUCUUGCAGUUGAAAUCGACGAAAGAGGAAGUACAUUCCAUUCAACUUGAAGUUUCCUCGACUCCUGUGACGACAACUAAGACGCCAAGUACUGGACUAUCGUCAGUCGGAAGUCCGGACGCAAACUCAAAACAAUAUACCAUACUUCAACCUGCUGGACUCGGUUCAAGAGCAGCUAGCGCAAUUCAGGAUAUCGCUAGAGAAGGAGUUGUCAGCGUUUCUGCAGUAAGCAGUAGUAGCGCUGGAAGUAAUAGCAGUACGGGUAGCAAUGGCUCCAGCAGCAACACUUCCGGUAAUAACAAAACUUCGAGCAACAGUUCUAGCGGUAAUGCAACGAACGGAAGUAGUUCGACCUCCAAUGCUACCAAUGGCAGCAGUAAUAGCAGCGGGAAUAGUAGUAGCAUCACCAUCACCAGUAUCACAACCACGAAUACAACAACUAGUUCGACCACUGCUGGAGAUGUUUCCACAACGACCGGAGCUGCUCAGCAAGAAGCGGUCAUGAAAAUUUCCGAAAGAAUCACAUCCUACGAGAGCAACCGACCCGCCAUGUCCAUGUCACCGACGAGUAUAGGCAGAGAGGGCAACAAGUGCCCGACCCCUGGUUGCACUGGGCAGGGUCACGUGACCGGACUCUAUUCACACCACCGCAGCCUUUCCGGUUGUCCACGCAAAGAUAAGCUAACUCCAGAGAUUCUGGCGAUGCAUGAGACUAUUUUGAAAUGCCCAACGCCUGGUUGCAACGGUCGCGGUCAUGUCAGCUCCAAUCGGAACACACACAGAAGUCUGUCCGGAUGUCCCACCGCUGCGGCCAAUAAGCAAGCCGCCCGUGAGGCUCGACACAAGGCUCAAGUGUCAGGUAUACCUCCGGAAUACAUUAGUACAAAUCUUUUACCACCAUCGAUGGAUGGAAAGAUUUACAGUCAAUACAGCUCAGCAUCUCAGGAUACUAAACCAGUUGUUAGUUCUCCAACAUACGACUAUUAUUCAGCAACGAAAUCUGUGGGUAUCAGUAUAAAACCCCCGAAGUCUCCGGAAGAUAGUUCGUCGAGGGUGAACAAAGUAGUACCCAAAACGGAAAACAAUUCCUCUAGUUCGAGUUGUUGCAACGCCUUAUCAGGAAGAAUACAAUCUUCAGAAUUGUUGAUACCAAAAACGGAGGAUACCUCCUCCUGUAGGGUCAAUUCUCCACCACCUCCUCCACCACCGUCGGCAAGACAGACGUACGAUCCGUACUUGAAUCAGGAUUCGAAUUCUUCGUCAAUGUCGUCGAUGGAUGCCAUGGGUUCGAGGGCAAUGGGGGCAACCAUACAUCAUCCUAGUCAACAUCCCGCACACCAUGUGCUGCCAAUGCAGCCAACGGUUGCGUAUCCAAUGCCCAUGGUGGAAGACACCAGGAUGCCUCACCAAAUGUCGCAAAGAUCCCCUUACGAGUCGUCGGCCAUGAUGGCUGCAGCUGCAGCGGCCGCAGCAGCAGCCACAACUACGGACGAUCUCUAUCAUCACAGAUCUGUCGAACAUGCCAGAGCUUACAUGCACCCAUCGGCUGGAAACAUUGCCAGGCCCGUUGUCACUUACUCAAAUGAAAUAUCAACAGCCAGAGGUUACGAAAAUGCAGUGGUAGUCAGUGCAGCCAAUCAUCGACCUUAUGAUCCUGGUACUGCAUCUGCAUACGAUAGGUAUGACACUCAAACAUGUGCUCCUCUUCAACCACAACAACAGCAACAGCAGCUUCAUUCGAGGGCGAACAUGUAUUACCUCGGCCAAUCCGGAAUGACUCCUGAGGAGCAAGAGAGAGUCUACCAACAGGAAGCCGUAGCCGCUCAGCAACAUCAAAUGGCUAUGGCUGCUGGAAUGAUGAAAACCGAAGAUGUCAAGUGUGUCACGGUUGCACAAGUUCAGCAGAUGCAAAAGGCAGGAGGUCCACCCACGUCACCAGGAGGAUCGGUGAUGGAUCUUUCGACGUCUAGUGUCACCUCCACAAGCCCACAGGCCCCACCAUAUGGAUCCAAUAGCCUUAGUCCGCAAUAUGGAGGAGGUCAGACAGUCGGGGGAAGUCCACAGGCAGCAGCUAGUCCUCAUCUCACCGCAAGUCCACAAGUACCAAGUCCUCAAGGACAAACCUUAGACCUCAGCGUCAAUAGAUUACAUAGUGGGGCGCCUAGUCCUCAGUACUCAACCGCCCAUGGAGAAGCUGUCGCAGUUCCUGUCGGCCCACCUUUUCCCGCUCCUAGACCAAUCGAGGAGCAAACUGAACCUGUUGAUUUCUCAACGGCUAAUGAACCUGUUAAUUUCAGUGGAGGUCCCGGGAUCAGGCCAGUUCCAGGGUUUCCACCACCUGGAGUGCACGCAGCUUACAGUCGAGAAAGCACACCUGACAGUGGGGGUUCCCACUACAUGGACGCCUACAGGGAUCCUACAGGCUACGGUCCCAUGAGUCCGCAUCCCGGAUAUGGAAUGACCGGCGUCCAGGCUGAGUAUCCAGGGAAUACCUACACUCCGUAUCCUGCGGCAAGUUACAAUUGCGGUGGGACUUAUCCCGGCGGUCCUGUGACUUCCGGUUAUCAAAUUCCAGCAGGAUACACUCCUGCCCCUUGUUACAGUAUGCCACCGCCACAGCACACGCUUGGUCCACUGGACAAGCCAUCAGGCAAGGAUGACAGCCUCUCUGGAUGUCCGCGAGCCGAUCGAUCUCAAAUUCAAGCACAUUCACAAGAACUCAAAUGUCCAACACCGGGUUGCGAUGGUUCAGGUCACGUUACUGGAAAUUACUCGUCCCACAGAAGUCUAUCGGGAUGUCCGAGAGCGAAUAAACCGAAGAGCAAACCUCGAGAUGGCCAAGAUUCCGAACCAUUGAGCAGAUGUCCUAUCCCAGGGUGUGACGGUUCUGGUCAUGCAACCGGAAAAUUUUUGUCUCAUCGCAGUGCAUCAGGUUGUCCGAUUGCAAAUCGACAGAAGUUAAGAGUCUUGGAAUCUGGAGGAAGUGUCGAGCAACAUAAAGCAGUGGUAGCAGCGCCAGCAAUGAAAUUCGAAGGGGUGAAUUGUCCCACUCCAGGGUGCGAUGGCAUUGGUCACAUAAACGGCUCCUUUUCGACGCACAGAUCACUCUCAGGAUGUCCCAUUGCCGGACAUGCCGUGAAAAAGCCCAAAUUCGAGGACAUGGCCAUGUACAGCAAAGGGAUCACCGGGAUGGAUGCCGGUGGUCCGGGUCAGGGUGGUGCGAUGGGUGCUGGUCAAUUGAACACAAGCGGUAGCGUAGUCGUAGGGGUUCCGGGUGAGGAUAUGUACACACUGGAGGCAGAGAUAACAGAGCUCCAGAGAGAGAAUGCCCGUGUCGAGUCCCAAGUUUUGCGCCUGCGCUCUGAUAUUACCGCUAUGGAAAAUCAACUGAAGCACGGUGACAAGGAGUCCUCGAUAAUAUCGCAACGCAAUAAUAAUCUCAACGACUACUAUCAGUCACUGCGGGAGAACAUGAUAACUCUCCUGGAACACGUUCGAAUUCCGAAUACUCCGAGUGGACCGCCAGAGAAGAUGGGACAUGAACAUUUUGACAGUUACCUCACAAAAUUGCAGACCUUGUGUACCGCCGAUGGGUAUUGUGCCGACGAUUCGCAACGGCCGAUAUACGAAACAGUCAAGACUGCGCUUCAAGACUUUACGGUACUACCAACGCCUAUCUGAGAGCAUCAUCCUUAGAGUUUAUCAAAAUACUAAUAGUCGAACGAUGAGACCGAUUUCUUCAUCAAAAUUCAGUGGAUUGUUUGAAAAUUUGUUCCUAGAAAUGAUAAAUAACAAUUUACCGACUGUGAGUAAGAAAUAAUGAUUGAUGAUGUUGUUAUUGAGAAUUUCAAGAGGUCGCUACUUAACCAAAAUCAGUAUUAAGAAUUUUGUUUUAAAAAUAUGUAAUUUUAAAUUCAAUUUAUCAGCAAGGAUCGUAAACGAUUGAGAAAGGAGAAACUGUUGAUGGAUUGUCAUUGACGACUUUUAUUUCUCUUGUAAAUACGCAUUUGAUAUAGUGCCACAUAAGUAAACCGGCUAUACGAAAUAUUGUAAAUAUAUUAGGAGAGAUAAGGCAUUUAUAUAAUUAUUCAAAAUGUUAUACGGUUAGUCAAUAAGUUGUGUAAAGAAAAGAUUUAAACAUUAGCUGUAUAUCAGUCCUCGCUGCAUUGGAAAUUAUUGUGUAUAAUUAAAUUAUUGCUGCGGUUGCUCGUAUAAAACUAUGCUUAUCUUAUCUCAUCUAAUACAGCAACCGCUUUUACUACCUAUCGCUAUCGCUAUAUCAUAAGUCUUAACUAUCGAUACAAUCCCUUUUAUAUUCAGCCCUACAAAAUGUUUACUGUUACAAUUAUUACUUUCUCUGAGAUUAUUAUUGAACUGCAAAAAAUUAUAUUGUCAAUCAAAGGAAUACCUCUCAAUCACCAUUUACUUAGGUAAUUAGAAAAUGAAGUAAAAAAAUAAAAAUUAGUAAAAUUUUUUAAUUAAUUUCAAUUAAUUAAAUUUUUUUACUAAUUCGGAUUAAAAAAAACAUUUUCUAAUUAUAAAAUGUUUCUUUGUUGUUUGCAAAACAUAAAUUUGAAGUUGGCCAAUUUUUCAUCCCCUUCCGUUAGAUUCUUACUUAAAAUAUACAUAAAUUGUUUAAAAAAUUUUAAAUGGAAAAAUGUUUAUAACUAAUCAUCCUUGAAGUUGAAAAAUUUCUAAAAAAAAAAUCAAAAAAUUAAAUUUCAAGUUCAAUGAUAAUUGUUGAAUUUAUAUAUGCUUUUUACUUGUUUUCGGUCUCGUCUUUUGUUGCGUGCCUUAUAAAUUCUGAUUAUAAUCUUCAGAUUGCAUUUAUCGAAGAAAUGAUCGGAGUAACUCAUCUGCGUGAUACUUUACUGUCAAUAUAUUCUUUAAUCAAAAUACUCACAAUACCGAAAUAUGGCAAAAAAAUGGCACGAGUGAAAGUUUCGGAUUAUGCUUUUUAAAAAUUAAAAAUGUUAUCAACUUACAGCUAAAGACUGUUAAGUUAGUGUUUCCAAUUUUCAAAGAUUCUGAAAUACACCGCAAAAAAAUGUUCUCAUUAAAAGAAGAUUCCUCUUUCUUUACAGCAACUUUUCUUCUUAUAUAUGGACAAUAAAUUAUUCCUGUCUAAUUGAGAGGAUUUUCCUCUAUCUCCAUUUUUUUCAAAUGUUUUUUAUAAACAGGUUAAAAGUUCGCGUAAAAACAAAAAAUUAAUUAAGAAAAAAUUUUUUUAUCAACAAAUUUUGCCAUUUAGAGAGGAAUAAUUUAAAUUUUAAAAAUAAAUCUUAAAUCCACAAGAAGAAUUUCAAUCAAAGAUGAAUGAUUAAAAGUUAUAUAUCUUUUAAUCAGAAUAUUCUCAAAUAAAGAAAAGAAAAUCGUCUUUUAUUAGAUGAAUAUUCAUAAAUUGAAAAUAAAAUGUAAAAUUAAUUUUUGAACGGAAUAUUUUUAUCAUUUUGAGAUUUUAUGUUUUUUCGGUGUAUCAUUUUCCAGACGAAAGUCGCAGAUAUAUCUUAGUUUUUUAAGAGAUAGAAAUUGAUGUUAUUUAAGUUCCGAAACUUUCACCACAGGUGUCAAUUUAGCUAUAUAUAAUAUGCGAUACAAAAUGCUCAUUUUUUAAGUGCAAUGUAUUUAAAAAUAAUUCCCUCCAAAUUUGUUGCAGCUGAUAUUUUCUUGAAAGGCUCACUUCAAUCCUGGUGAUAUGUAUAGUUAUUUGUAAGCACUCGUGUAUAUUUUAAUUGUAUCGCGUUAAUUUUGUAUAUACUUUUUCUACGUGAGUUAAAUAUCAAGAAGGUAGUUUGCUGAACUAUGCAAUGCAACUUUUUAGCAAUUCGUUUUAUCAGAUAUUGUGUUAUGUCGUUGAAAGCGCAGAUUUGCAAGAAUUUAUUUACGUGACGCACGCGUAUAUUUGUUAAACGUCGAAAGACAUAUGGGCGCUUCGAGGAUAGACAUAGUAAAUUUCCAUUUUCUCUUUAUGUUUUUUAAUUUAUUAUUACUUCAAGUAGCAUUUAAAUUUCGCGCCAUUCCUUAUUCUUCAAUUUUCAUUUAGUUGGUACUUCUGAUAUGAUUGAAAAUUAACAAGGGGAAUUCCUGAAGUAGACAUUUUUUAAAAAGAAAAUUUAAUUUUUCUAGUAAAAAAAUAUUUUUAUCAUUAUUUUAAUAUUUGAGAAUAAAUUUGAAGAUUGCAAAAUUUCUUUUCGACACUUGCAUAUCAAUUUUAUAACUAAUCUCCUCUUCAUCGAAGUUCUUCUGUCAUGAUCGAAUCCUCAAAUUUCAAAAUGAAAUUUAAGAUCACUCUCAAAGAAAAAUCUUGUAAAUAUACACUGAUAUAUUCGAUAAAUUGUACGCCUGUCUAAAGACCCUCAAACUUCAAAGUUAUACGCUCUUUAAUGGUAAAGAAUACAGUGUUGUAACUAGUCACUAAAUGAAAAAAGGAGGCAUGAAUAAAUGUUAAUUAUACUUUAAAAAAGAACAGUGAGAAUGUGACGACUGAUUAGGUGAAAAUGAAGACUCGCGAGUUAUAAACAUAUGCUCGCGGCUAGAACUUAAGAAAUCCAAUUAAUGAAUUUUUAAUCAUUGCUGGUGUUCGUGUACAUUCCAAAGUGAACUCGAUAAUGAGUCAAAAGUAUGAACGUUAAAUUAUUUCAUCCCUUGUGUUCGGUUGAAAUUUAACAAAAUUGGUACGUGCAGCAUCAAAAGAACAAGAAAGAAAAUUUAAAGUUUUAAAUUGAAAAAUUUCACAAUUUAUUGAAGUUAAGUUUUUUUUCUAUAUAUAUAGUCUUCUCUAUGUUUCUUUUUUUGAGAUAUACGUUAUUUCGUUGUACAGAAGUAAAAAGAAGAAUACGUAUGCGAUUACAUUUCGACGCAAGUACAACGAGGAGAUAAUUAAUGUUAAUUACAAUGUGACGACAAAUACGAAGUCUGGUGCUCGCGAUAUAUACGAAAUUAAAAAACCGUGAUACUGUUGGCCCAUUACUUCGUGAAUUAAAAAACUGAUUUUUACCGCAGCUGUUAGAAAGUGAUAAUGUACAUAAAAGUAGAAGAAUGAGAAUUGAUUAUUUACCUGAAUGGGAUGCAAGAAGAUAAAGUUAUCUUAAAUACAUUUUAACCAGCACCGUGUAGUGAGAGAAUUAAUAUACUAGAGAUAGAUAUAGUCGAACAAUUACGAUUACUCUCGAAAUCAUUGCAAUUCUUAUUAUUGUGAUUCAAACUUGAUUAAUUGAACGAUUAUAAUUUUAUAAUUAUAACUAUAUUAUUAUUACGAUUGUCAAUAAUAUUAUUAAUGAUCAUUAUCCUUUAUUGUGAUUCUUAUGAUUUGUUAUUAUAUAUUAAAACUUAUUAUUAUUAUUAUUAUUAUGUAUUAUAAAAAGUUACGAUUAUUACUGUCGUCGUUGGAUCACUUGCAGAAAUUGAUAGAGUAGAAGAGAAGACGUAAGUCCUCUCUUCAACCUAUCGCCAUUGCCGGACAUUGAUUUUCUAUUUACUCUUGUCAUUAUUAGUAAUAAUUCGUUAUACUUUUGUCAAUACUUUUAUUAUUAUAUUAUUACUAUUAUUAUUAUUAUUGUUGUCUUUGAUAAAGUUCUAUACGAUUUAUAAGUUUCAGCAAUAUGCUUUAAAGCAAGCAUAAAUGUUACUCCGAUUGAAUAAAGGGUAUUUAUCGAAAA